UCUACUACCUAUUCUCUCACUCUCUUUUUCUAUCUCUCCCUUUCACUACUCUUCUCCAUAGUCCAUAGUAUCUAUCUAUAUAUAGUCCCAUCUCUCCACCAUUUCCCAUUUAUCGUUCUCUACAGAGCCCACACCAUUUUCUGUUCUACCAUUCUUAUUACCAUUUUGCUACUUUUCCACACUCCAAACCAGACAAGCUUUGUUGAUUUUCUUUCUUAGAGGGAGAGAGAAAAAUGGGUGAGAAAGAUUAUGGCUUGGGUUUGGGUUUGAGUUUGAGUUUGGGAUGUGGAGAAAAUGCAAAUAAUCAACCACCUUUGAAGGCAAAUCUCAUGCAAAAGCCUCCUCAAUCGGUUCCAAACCAAAGGGGUUCCUUCAAUAACUUGUUUCAUUUUCAUGAUCGGAGCUCCGAGACGAGGUCGUUCCUCCGUGGAAUAGACGUGAACUCAGCGCCGCCGUUGACGGCGGCGGUGGCGACUGCGUGCGACGACGAGAAUGGGGUUUCGUCGCCGAACAGCACCAUAUCGAGUAUCAGCGGGAAGAGGAGCGAGAGAGAAGGUAAUGGAGACGAGAACGACGCUGCCGAGAGGGCCUCCUGUUCUCUAGGCGGAAGCGACGACGACGAAGGCGGAGGAUGCGGCGGCGACGGCGACGGAGACACUUCAAGGAAGAAGUUGAGGUUGUCGAAGGAACAGUCCAUGUUGCUUGAAGAAGCUUUCAAGGAACACAACACUCUGAAUCCGAAACAAAAGCAAGCAUUGGCAAAGCAAUUGAAUCUGAGGCCAAGACAAGUUGAGGUGUGGUUCCAAAACAGAAGAGCAAGGACCAAGUUGAAGCAGACUGAAGUGGAUUGUGAAUACUUGAAGAGAUGCUGCGAGAAUUUAACUGAAGAGAAUAGGAGGUUGCAAAAGGAAGUACAAGAGCUUAGGGCAUUGAAAUUAUCCCCACAGCUCUACAUGCACAUGAACCCUCCCACAACUCUUACAAUGUGCCCUUCAUGUGAGCGUGUUGCUGUCUCAUCUGCAUCCUCCUCCUCAUCAACCACCAUACCCCCUGCCCCGUCUCCGGCUAAUCGCAACCCUUUAGGCCCUAACAUCCAGCGGCCGGUGCCGGUCAACCCUUGGGCGGCAAUGUCAAUCCAACACCGGAUCCGGCCAUAAUUUUUGUUCACUCCUCGUCAUGGUAAAGUUCAUGUUGGAAAACAAGGACAUUUUAGUUGCUAGACAGAAAUGAAUCAAAUGCAAAAGGAAUCUUUGUAAGUGUUGGUUUACUAGCACUUAAGGCUAUGACUUUGGUUAACUCUUCAGUGUAGGCUUAUUUGAUUUUGGGCCUACGUAGAACAUGUUUUAGUCAACUUUAGGAUCUGUAAAGUGCGGACAUGUUAAAGUAGGUUGUGUUUUCAUAUGCUGAUUAGUUUUGUUAGCCUUGAAAAGAUGAAAGAGGGAAUCCGAAUCUGUUUUAUGUUUUUAUUUUUAUCAUAGGAUUUGUUAUGCCACUUGCUAAGAAAAGGUGGGGUUUUGUGCAAGAUUGGAGAGGGAGACAAAUUA